AUGACUACCCAAAAAGCCAUUAUCGUCACUUCCCCACAGAAGGAAGGCUUAGUCACAGAUCGAGCUAUUCCAGCACUUCGCGAUGACUACAUCCUCGUCAAGACCGUAGCGGUCGCCCUCAACCCAACAGAUUGGAAACAUAUCGCCAACCUCGCCCCACCAGGCGCCCUUAUCGGCUGCGACUACGCCGGUAUCGUCGAGGAAGUUGGCAAAUCCGUCAAGAAACCCUUCAAGAAAGGCGAUCGCAUCUGCGGUUUCGUUCAUGGCGGAAAUGCCGUGCAGCAUGAAGAUGGUGCAUUCGCCGAAUACAUUGUUGCCAAGGGUGAUGUGCAGAUGCGCAUUCCUGAUAACCUCAGCUUCCAGGAGGCCGCCACACUCGGCGUGGGUAUUACAACGGUCGGACAAGGACUUUAUCAAAGUCUGAAACUCGCCUCGCCAUUGAACCCGCUUAAGACCCCUGAGCCGAUCUUGAUCUACGGUGGCUCUACAGCGACAGGUACCCUGGCUAUUCAGUUUGCCAAAUUAUCUGGAUACAAGGUGCUGGCAACCUGCUCGCCACGAAACUUUGAUCUUGUCAAGAGCCUUGGUGCGGAUGAGGUCUUCGAUUAUAACGACUCGGGUGCAGCGGCUGCUAUUAAUGCUGCUACCGAUGAUAGGCUGAAGCUUGUUUUCGAUACUAUUUCGAUUGAGGCGAGCGCCAAGUUCUGUGACACUGCGCUAUCCAGUGCUGGCGGAGAAUACAGUGCCCUUUUGGCUGUUAAAAUUGAGCGGGAGAAUGUGAACGAUCGCUGGACUCUGGGUUACACGGCCGUUGGUGAAGAGUUCAACUUCGGCCCCUAUAAUUUCCCGGCUAAGCCUGAGAACAAAGCAUUUGCGGAGAAAUUCUGGACUGAGGCCGAAGGGUUAUUGGCUGCUGGCAAGGUCAAGGUGCACCCUCUGCAGGUUAACCCCGGUGGUUUGAAGGGUGUUAUUGAGGGCCUUGAGCUACUGAAGAAUGACAAGGUCAGCGGUCAGAAACUCGUUUACAACAUUGCUGAUACUGCUUGA